AUGAUCUUCACAAACGCCCUCGCUCUCGUCCUGACUCUUGCGCCUGCCACUCUCUUCGCAGCACCUACAAAGGCUAUCGACUCGAUAGCGCUCAUCUUUCCAAGGAAUGGAGUGUCUCCUCGCAUGAUCGACCAAGUCGACAACGCUAGUGCCAAAUGCGAUCUCUCCAAUGCUGCUCUUCCUUUAGAAGCAUCGGGUCUUCCAGCCGUUGGCUCCAAUCUCAAACUAUCCCACAUCGCUGUCGGCCGUGGCGUUCAAAACUACACCUGCGCAACAGCAGCCGCAACAGAGACACCCAAGGCAGUUGGUGCAGUAGCUUCACUUUUCAAUGCAACAUGCGAUGGAGUUCGGGCGCCUGCCGUGCUCGCCAGCGUGACAAAGAUCGCUCUUGGUUACGCCAUCCCCACUAACAAGCUUGCUGAGGGCAGACUGUCCGGUCACCACGAGUUCACCGAGAAGGGCAUACCGUUCUUCAAGCUGCAGACCGACAAGGUCGACUUUGGCUCUGUCCAUGUCAAUGUAACGUCGAAGAUGGUCGCGCCAAAGGAUGCUAGCACCGGGUCCAAUGGGCUCGGUAGCGUUCCGUGGCUGAAGUUAGUCCACCUCGACGGUGACUACCAAGAAGUGUACCGCAUAAACACAGCUGGAGGUGUGGCACCCAAGACGUGCGAGGGCGUCCAAGGUAGCUUCAGCGUCGAGUACGCAGCCGAGUACUGGUUCUACGCAUGA